CUCUCUCCCUUUUCUACUUGUUACAGAAGCGUCAUCGAAAUAUUGUGUCACCUUUGCUGAAGCCGCAAACUUCUCUCUGAUGAUGACAGCACGCGCCUUGAAUAAGCAAUUUGCAUUCAUAAAACGUUAUUGUUAGCUAGCGAAUAUAAAUAUGGGUGAACUCUGUUUAUAUGGAAGUGAUAUUUGUGCUAUAGCUUAAUUAUUGUUCAUGAUUAGACUUUUAAAUAUGUAAAUACUAGAAAAGAAUUUGUCGAAUGAAGAUAAUAACUAUCAACUGUAAAAUAAUACGAUUGCCACGUAUAUAGAUAUUAUUUAUUUGGCAAACGGAUUUAAAGUUCCCGCCAAAGUAAACGUGACGCAAAAUUGCAUAGCAAGACAUAUGGACCAAAGUGGGGGAGAAAGCGAGGCCCAGUAUAAAACAAACUUUAUUUAGUCAAGGACGAGAAUGUCAGGAUGGACAAAGAAACCUGGAGAUAUCUAUCUGUUAAGAGGAUAUCAACAGUCUACUUCGCAAAAUGAUAAAAAACAAGAGGAUGGGAUAACAUCUGAAAUUAGACCAUCUUUGGAGGAUUCUAAUGCUACGAUACAAUUUACCAAUAAUCCUUACAUGCAACAACCACCGUAUAAUCCAUUUUACAAAUCGAACGAGAAAGUCAUUGACGAAAUAAAACUUAUUGAGGAAGAUGUUACAAAAAGAAUUAAACGAAAUACAAAGUGCACACUAGGUAAUUGCAUAACGUGUUGUAUCUUCUUUAUUAUUGCAAUUAUCAUCAUAUUGGUCUUUCUUUUAUAUUUUGUCACAAAAAAUCCAAAAAUUGCGCAAAUUUUAUGUAACCUAGCAAAUAAGACUAACAGUUUGCAAGAAAAUUAAGAGAAAUUUUGACGCAAACAAUAUCUAAUCUAAAUAUUACUAAAAAAUUAAUCAACUAUAUCAACGAACCUAGGAUUUGAUUAUCAAAUGAAUAUAUCAAAUAGAAUAUAAUUAUUUGAAAAUA